UUGCAUAUGAGCAGUAUAAAUAGUGUAUACGUGUGUUUUAGACUUAGAGGACACAGCAAAGAGACACAAUCACGUUGGCCAGGAUCUCGCUCAUUCCGACGUGAACACCGUAUCGUCAAAAUUCUUUAUAAACACAAUUCACAUUUUGUCUGCAAAGCCAAAGAUGGUGAAACUAUUUACCAUCGAGGAUGGAAGGACUUGGAACUCUCACAAGACAUUUUUGGACAGACUUGCUCGAAAGGUUCCGCUGACUGAAGUGAAGAGUAUGGAGGAGUGUGAUGUCAUUCUGGAAUUUUACCCUGUUUCAUCCCGGCCUGGACAUGACAUUGAUGCAGCACUGAAGGAAAUCCCAGCUAAUCAGCCUGCCAUUCUGGUGAUGAUGCACCACACGGCUGACCCAAAUCGUGUUGUGUACGACAGCAGCAGAUAUAUGAGCCAAAGUGAUGUGAUCACAGUAGACUGUCUAUUCUACGAAGGCAAAGGCUUAUUCACAUGUCCAACCAAUGAGGAAGCUGUGGAAAAAACACUGAGGCACCUAAAGAAAUAUUCAAAGGAAACACCUCCUCCUGUACAGGAGCUGCCUAAAAAAACACCUCCUCCUGUACAGGAGCUGCCUAAUGAACCUCCCAACAAAUUGACUACAGCGGUAAGUAAAGCAGAUGUGUAUAUUCAUGAAGUUUAUCUUUUGUUUGUGGUGUGCUGUUAGAGAUGUAUCUCUAAAUGUCCCCAGCUAGCAGGGAAUGUUCUGAGAACAUUCAGUAAUGCUAUCUUUAUGUUCUAAGAAUGUUCCACUGGAACGCUACAAAAAUAACGUUCCUGAAUCAUUGUAGAUGCAUGUGAUUUAAGAAUGUUUUAUUUCAUAUAUUUAGAAUGUUGCUCACAUAACGUUACAAAAAUGACUGGAACCGCGAUUUAAGAACGUUUUGCUUCGCAACGUUUUCAGAACAUUGAACAGAAUGUUCCCCGGUUGCCCAAAAAAUAAGUUCAGGUAACUUACAAUAAGGUAACUUAUAAUGUCACUGCACCAUUGUGAGAAUGGUUUUCAUUCUGCUGAUGGUUUUAUCCAAAGUGAUUUACAGUUGAUUAGACUAAGCAGGGGACAAACCCCCCUGGAGCAAUGUUGGGUUAAGGGCUAUGCUCAGUCUUUUUAGUCCUAUCUUGACUACACCGGGGAUAUAACUGCGGGGCCCAGUCAUGCACCUUAACCCUAGGCUACAGGCUGCCAAACAUGUGUUUGAUGCUUGUAAGUCUCUAAAAGGUGCAGGUUCACAUUUCCCCUGCAACAAGGAAGCAGUGGGCUGAGGCAGGGCCUGUCCCGAUAGGAUGACUGCAGGUGCGUCAGUAUUGAUCUGUUAACUGCAGUAAGACAGAAUUUUGAGAAUGGUGUCAGUCUUCGGUCUGCCCCACUGUGACGCAAUGCAGGGAUCCUCAAAUAACGGUCAGCGAGAACUUUCCGCCCUCCCUUUACCUGGGAGUCAGGUGUGAAGACAGUCUGGCCAAUCAGCAGCACUAAUAAUUCAGUUAAUUUUGUAUGAGAAAAGAAGACCAGGGCUGGAUGUUGAUUGAAGAUUUACGGGUCAGAUUUUGAAGGUACCACAGCAGAAGGUGAGAAGGAAUUUGGGCAGCCUGUAGCGUAGUGGUUAAGGCACCUGACUGCGACCUGCAAGGUCGGUGGUUUGAUCGAAGGCGUAGCCACAAUAAGAUCUGCACCGCUGUUGGGGAGGAUUGUCUCCUGCUUAGUCUAAUAAACUGUAUGUCACUCUGGAUAAGAGCAUCUGCCAAAUGCUAUUAAUGUAAUUUGCUGUCCCAACUGGCCACGCGGAACACUUUGAUUUCAAAUUUGUGCAGAAUUGUCUGUUUUUUUCAUUCGCAGGAAGUUCCUCUUCCGGGGCCAAAAG